AUGGAAUAAGGAGGAGGUAAGAGCAAAUUAGAAUUGAAGGCUCAACUUUUAACAAAAAACAUGGAGUCAGAUUUAAGUGUAUCUCAAAUCGAAGAUAAUGGAACUGAUUAUGUGUUGAGAUGCAUAAAGGGAAUGUACAGAGGAAUGUUCAUAUACCUUAAUUUGGUGGAGAGCGGUGAAACGAUUGGCAGUGAUGAUAGUUGUACACUCUAGAUGGAGGAUUGUGGAUUAGAGAGGACUCAUGUGAAAAUUAAAUACAAGUACAAUGAAGAAUAAAAGAAAAACGGAUAUCAUCUCACUUGUUUUGGCCCAACCCUAAUCAAAAUUCGGUAUGAUUGUCCUGCACUCAUUAAAAAUAAUAUGGAAAUAACAAUUGGAAAACAAAUUUAUAUCAUCCAAACUGUUUAAGAAGGGUUUAAUGAAAUUCUGGAGUGGCUUUCAAUGUACGAUCUCUAAGGGUUGAAGCACUUUUUCUUUGGAAACAAUAUCAACAACCUUAAAUAGCUGAAGUAGAGUAAGAUCGAUCAAUUAAUAAGUUCGGUGCAAUCUUAUAGUGCCACUCAAGAUUAAUUGGUAAAGCUAAGAGAGGCUUAUAAUCAAAUCGACGAUAUCAUUCUCUAAAAUUACGAUGCAUUCAAGAUUAAUCUACUGGACAAACAAAAAAACACUGUAGUCUUGUAGUUCGGUUGGACAGGUGCAAAGAUCAGUUCGAAAACACAAAGAUAUUAGAAACCACCUGACAUUCUACUUAAGAAAUAAGAAAUAGAUGAUUUGGAAGAGAACCCCGAUUUUGAAUUGCUGAUUAAGUUCAUUUAAGGUAAGUAUUGGAUUUGGGGUUCAAAAACUGAUACUUACAAUACAUUCUAUAAAUAAAAUAAAGAGGAAACCAGAUUGAUUUAGCCUGAUGAUGUUAUUAAAUUAAAUAAGAUUGAACUGCUGGUUCAAAGAUUCAAUUAUGGUUAUUUCUAAGAUCUUGGAACCAAAAGAACAUAAGAAGAUUAAUGUACAAUUAUUUAAGAUUUGCAAGUGAGCAGCAGAGUUCCAGUUUCAUGUUAUGCAAUAUUUGAUGGCCAUAAUGGCAAUUCAUGUGUUAAUUAUAUGUCAUAAAAUCUAAUGGAUAAUAUAAGAGAGUAUUUUAAUUAAGAAUAAAAGGAGUUUGAUCAUUAAAAUAAAUUCUUGGCUUUUCUAUUUGAAAACAUUAGAGCAGCAUUCAAAGAAACAGAUAGUGAUUUCUUAACUGAUGUAGUUUAGGCAAAUGCUUAAAAUGACUCAGGAUGUGUGGCAGUGGUCGUAAUGAUCAUCGGAGAUUACAUAGUAAGUAUCAAUUGCGGGGAUUCGAGGGCAAUAUUAUCGAGACAAGGGGAGGCCAUCAAUCUAACAGAAGACCACAAACCUAAUAUUCCUGCCGAAUAAGCGAGAAUAAAAAGGAAAGGAGGUGGGGAAAUAAUAGGAGGUAGACUUGGAAAUCUAGCUGUGUCUAGAGCCUUUGGGGAUUUUAGUGAGAAAAAGAAAUUCAAAAAAAAUAUCAUCACUCCUAAACCAGAUGUUAGAGUUACCAAGAUUGAUUAUAGAACAGAUGAAUUCAUUCUGUUGUGCAGUGAUGGUAUUAUUGAUGGAUUUGGGAAUGCUGAAUAAGCUGAAUAGAAUUUUUAAUAGAUUUCUCCUAGUCAAAGAGUAAUUGAAUUUGUUAGAAAUAUGUAUAAGGAACAGUAGAUUGGAUUCUAGGAUCCUUAAGAUGCUGCAUAAUAAGUAGUAUUAAGUGCUUAUUAAUAUAAUGUCACUUAUAGGAGACAAUCAGAUAAUAUAAGUUGUAUUAUUGUUAAUCUUACUCGUGGAAUAGUGUUUUGA